AUGAAUUAUAGUAUGAAUGAUGUCACGAUUCCUAAUGGUCUACGUGAAAUGCUUGAAGGUUUUGUUCGAUCUGUUAUUUUAUCAAAAAUAAAAUCUCGUGAUUUAUAUAAAUAUGCUUAUCAAUAUUUUCGUGAAUAUUAUUUAUCAAAUAAAACUUCAACUAAGAUUAUGAUUAGUGAUGAUAUAAUGGAUGAUCAAACUGAAGAAUCUAUACGUGCAACAUAUGAAAAUCUAGAUGAAUAUGAAAAUCGUUAUAUAACACGAGCAGUUUUAUUUGGUGAUACAUUUAAUCCUGAAAUUGACAAACUUAAUUUACCAAAAAUAAAAAAUGAAAAAAGUUUUGAAGAAUAUGAUUUUCUUCAACAAUCAAUUCCAAAAACAUUACCAUUUCGUGCACUUGAUUAUGAACAAAUAGAACAAGUUGUUCAACAUUUUGAAUUAUAUCAUGUUAAAUCGGAACAAAUAUUAAUGAGAGAAAAAGAACAAGGAGAUUAUUUUUAUCUUGUUCAAACAGGCAUUUAUGAAGCAUUAAUUAAUGAUAAACAAGUAAAAAUUUAUAAUAAUGAAGGUUCAUUUGGUGAAUUAGCUUUACUUUAUAAUCAAACACGUUUAGCAACAAUUCGAGCAUUAACCGAUGGAAAAUUAUGGCGUUUGAAUCGUGAAAUAUUUUCUCAAGUAACUCGAUUUGUAGCAUUUAAGAAACGUCAACGUCAUUUAGAAUUUAUAAAAAAAUGUCAAAUUUUACAAAAUAUGAAUGAAAAAGAAAUGUUAGAUGUGGCUGAUGCACUCAAAUGUGAAGAAUAUAAACGUGGUGAUACCAUAAUUUACGAAGGAGAUCUUGCUGAUGCAAUGUAUUUUGUGAAAUCUGGUAGUGUAGAAAUUCGUAUACGUGAAUCGUCAAAUAAAUCUGAUUUUAUUGUUGUUAAAAUAUGUCAAUCGGGUGAUUAUUUCGGUGAACGAGCUUUAUUAUAUAAUGAACGUCGUGCUGCAACAGCUGUUGCAAUAACCUAUUGUCAAUUAUUAGUACUUGAUCGAGCUGAUUUUAAUCGUUUAUUAGGUAGUGCGAAAGAUGUAUUAAAACGUAAAGCAAAAGAUUACAAAACUAUCGUUAAAGAUAUACAAAAUAAACAUAUGUAG